CCGGCGUGUGCCCGGAGCUCCCCUGGGGCCAGUGUGCAGGCCGGGGUCGCAGGGACCCGGGGCCUUUCUUGGGGCAAACUUCCCGCGCGCUCCUCUCGCGGACACCCGUUUGCCUCGCAGCUCGCUCCGUCCGGCUUUUGUUAUUUGAAGGGAAGGUCUGGGGGCGGAGUGGCCGUGGACAGCCGGCAGGUGCGGCUCCGGGCCACGGGGUCCUGGACGCCCCGGAGAGUCUUGGCAUAGAGGGGGUCCCUGCUGCAUCUCGGGGGCGCCCCCACCCGCAAGCUCUGCGGCCGGACACCCCAGGGUGCUCACUGUCCCCGGGGAGCGGCCUGUCCAGGGUGGGAGCCUGUGGGGAGAGGGCUGCGUACCUCUGCCCUGCACAGCUCAGCCCCACCGCCCCCUGCGUUGAGUGCUGUACGGAGGGGGGUGUGGGCGUGUGGCUGGGAGCGCUGGCUGACUGGUUUGGGGGUGCUCGGGAGGGUCCUGUGGGCAGCUGCUGCGGGGUGUGAGGUGCAGGCAGCCCCUUGAGUGGGUGCUGCUCCAGAGACCCACCCCUGCGUGGCUGGUCGGGCACUGCUGUCCCCGGGUCCAGUCACUGCCCCUUCCAGUGCUGGCUCUGGGCUGGGGACUGCCAGUCCUGCUGGCCCGGCAUGGGGCUGCACAACAUCCUCCACAGGCCUCCCCUACUGGUCUGUGCCCCUCCUAGCCCUGCGGGGGCACACUGGCUCUGGUAGGGCAUGCACCCUUGCCCCUCUAGCCUGGGUCCCUGUGGGGUAGCUGAGGACUGGCUGGGGCUAGCUGGUGUGAGGGCCACGCGUCUCUGCACAGGCCUGGUCUGGCCCUCUCUAAGCCCCUCCUAGCCCCUCUUGGCCUGCGGCUGUUGGUCCUCGGGGUGCAGCCCUGCCUCCUGGGCAGCCAUGCCCUCCCUGGGCUGGGGCGCCGCCUGGCACUUCCUGCGCUCGGUCUGCAUUCCUGUUGCACCUGCUGGGGGACCUAGGGAGUCCUUAGUGCGUGCUGCCGCUGCCGGGGCCCAGGUGCUUCCCACUGUCCUGUCCAGGCGAGCUUUCUCUUUGCUCCCACACGUCUCAGGUCCUCCCAUCUGACCCCAGAGCAAGCCAUUCCAGAAGUUUUCAGGGGUGUCACCUUUCAGGUCGGGGACUGCCCUGUGUCCUCGGGUCUCGAAAGGGCCUGUGGGAGAAGAUGGUGAGGUCCCCGAGGUGUGUACUCUGCCCUGGAUUUAGGCCUGAAGGCCACCUGGGCUUGGUGUGUGCAGGCUCUGUGCAAGAGGCCGCGUCCCUGUGUCCUCUGUCGCCUGCCUGGUCUCUGCAGGAGGUGGCUCUGCCCGUGCCCUGCACUGCCCGUGCCCUGCACUGCCCGUGCCCUGGGGAGAGGGGACUGCCCACCUGCUGUUCCUUCCUGGACCAGGCACUGGGCAGCAAGGGAGUUGAGGGGGGACCGGCUGUGUGUCCAGGCAGUGACCACGUCGUCCCCCUCUGUCCUGUGCCCGCCCCAAGCAGCGCCCCGCGGGGACAGUGCCGACCCCUGCCCGUCUGCCGCAGUGGCCGUCUCCAGGGGAGCAUGAAGAGAGCGCGUCCGUAGGGCAGGGACCAUGGCGGACAAGCGCAAGCUCCAAGGUGAGAUUGACCGCUGCCUCAAGAAGGUGUCCGAGGGCGUGGAGCAAUUUGAGGAUAUCUGGCAGAAGCUCCACAAUGCGGCCAACGCGAACCAGAAAGAAAAGUAUGAGGCUGACCUAAAGAAGGAGAUUAAGAAGCUGCAACGGCUGAGGGACCAGAUCAAGACAUGGGUCGCGUCCAACGAGAUCAAGGACAAGAGGCAGCUCAUCGACAACCGCAAGCUCAUCGAGACGCAAAUGGAACGGUUCAAAGUUGUGGAGCGAGAGACCAAAACCAAAGCUUACAGCAAGGAGGGCCUGGGCCUGGCCCAGAAGGUGGACCCUGCCCAGAAGGAGAAGGAGGAGGUCGGCCAGUGGCUCACGAAUACCAUUGACACCCUAAACAUGCAGGUGGACCAGUUUGAGAGCGAAGUGGAGUCACUGUCAGUGCAGACGCGCAAGAAGAAAGGCGACAAGGAUCAGAAGCAGGACCGCAUCGAGGGCCUGAAGCGGCACAUCGAGAAGCACCGCUACCACGUGCGCAUGCUCGAGACCAUCCUGCGCAUGCUGGACAACGAUUCCAUCCUCGUGGACGCCAUCCGCAAGAUCAAGGACGACGUGGAGUACUACGUCGACUCCUCCCAGGACCCCGACUUCGAGGAGAACGAGUUCCUCUACGACGACCUGGACCUCGAGGACAUUCCACAGGCGCUGGUCGCCACCUCCCCCCCGAGCCACAGCCACAUGGAGGACGAGAUCUUCAACCAGUCCAGCAGCACACCCACCUCCACCACCUCCAGCUCCCCCAUUCCCCCCAGCCCGGCCAACUGCACCACGGAGAACUCGGAAGAUGACAAGAAGAGGGGCCGCUCGACGGACAGUGAGGUCAGCCAGUCUCCAGCCAAGAAUGGCUCGAAGCCUGUGCACAGCACCCAGCAGCCGCAGUCCCCCGCUGUGCCGCCCGCCUACUCCGGCCCCCCGCCUGCUGCCCCUGGCAACAACGGGGUCCCUACGCCAGCAGCACCAGCCAGCACCCUGGGGCCCAAGGCCAGUCCCGCCCCCAGCCACAACGCCGGUACUCCUGCCCCCUAUGCCCAGGCCGUGGCUCCCUCAGCGCCCAGCGGGCCCAGCUCCUCCCAGCCCCGGCCCCCCAGUGUGCAGCCAAGUGGGGGCGCUGGCGCAGGCAGUGCUGGCGGCAGUAGCGGGACUGGUGGAGGUGCUGGCAAGCAGAAUGGUGCCACCAGUUACAGCUCAGUUGUGGCGGACAGCCCCGCAGAGGCAGCUCUGGGCAGCAGUGGGGGCAGCAGCGCCAGCAGCCAGGCCCUGGGUGCCCCUUCAGGCCCCCACAACCCCCCACCCAGCGCCUCGAAGGAGCCCAGCGCAGCAGCCCCAGCAGUGGCAGGGGGCGUCGCCCCAGGCUCAGGGAACACCUCAGGGGGGCCCAGCCUGCUGGUGCCACUGUCCGUGAACCCUCCCAGCUCCCCGACGCCCAGCUUCAGCGAGGCCAAGGCUGCCGGUGCUCUCCUCAACGGGCCCCCCCAGUUCACUGCCGCCCCGGAGAUCAAGGCCCCCGAGCCACUGAGCUCUCUCAAGUCCAUGGCGGAGCGAGCAGCCCUCAGCUCUGGCAUCGAGGACCCUGUGCCAACGCUGCACCUCACGGAGCGAGACAUCCUCCUGGGCAGCACCUCGGCGCCCCCGGCCUCGGCCCAGCCACCGCUGCAGCUCUCGGAGGUCAACAUCCCGCUGUCGCUGGGCGUGUGUCCCUUGGGGCCCGUGCCCCUCAGUAAGGAGCAGCUGUACCAGCAGGCCAUGGAGGAGGCCGCCUGGCACCACAUGCCACACCCCUCCGACUCGGAGCGCAUCCGGCAGUACCUCCCCAGGAACCCCUGCCCCACGCCCCCCUACCACCACCAGAUGCCGCCCCCGCACUCGGACACAGUGGAGUUCUACCAGCGCCUGUCCACGGAGACGCUCUUCUUCAUCUUCUACUACCUGGAGGGCACCAAGGCACAGUACCUGGCAGCCAAGGCGCUGAAGAAGCAGUCGUGGCGGUUCCACACCAAGUACAUGAUGUGGUUCCAGAGGCACGAGGAGCCCAAGACCAUCACCGACGAGUUCGAGCAGGGCACCUACAUCUACUUCGACUACGAGAAGUGGGGCCAGCGCAAGAAGGAAGGCUUCACCUUCGAGUACCGCUACCUGGAGGACCGGGACCUCCAGUGACGCGGGCCCUCCCCGCAUGCUCCCGCCCGGCCCAGCGAGGGCGCCACCCUGGACUGGGGCACCCCUCCCCGGCAGCAGGAGGGGGCUGGGGCCCGCCGCCUCCGCCCCGCCCUGCUCCCUCCCCUCCCCA